CGUCGUCGUCGUCGACAUCCUUUGCGCCCGUCUUCUUCACCUUCUUGUGUUUAUCUUCAUCAGAUAUAGCUCGUUCAUAUGUGUGGUAUGGAAUUAUGACUCUUUUCCAGCCUUGAGCGCCCGCCCUGCACACAAACUGCGUUUCAGAAUCAAUAAGUUCUUCCAGUUAGCACACAAUACCGACGGAUCUCUCGGUACAGCUUAUUGCGACAAAUUCAGCAACAUCACAAUGGCGCGAAAUAACGACGAAGAGAGAGGCGAUUAUGGGAUAGUAUCAGAUCAUCCAGAUGAUCCCAUCGAUGGCUCUCUUCAGACGAACCUAUUGCCAAUGGAACACGAUGAGCUUUCCGACGACACCUCUCCUCCAACCCCGCGUUUCAUGCAAGAUCAAGGAUCCUAUCGAUACUUAAAAUGGGUACCUGUUCCAAUCCGAAGAGUUUCGAAGUCUCUUGGACGAUGGGCUCAAGGACCCAAUCCACCGCAGAUACAUACAAUCAAACCGAUAUUCCCGUUCCUACAAGAAGCACCCUUACAGUUACUUGAUAAAUAUGUGCCGAAGCGGAGGCCGAGGAUAACGUUGUUGAUCGCAUACUACUUCCUUUGGGUCUUGACCUUUGCUUUAGUCAUGCGAGAAAGUACGUUUGCAACAGAAAUCGAAGGUUGGGGAGCUCCAGGGAAUAUUGGCUGCGGCAACACAUACUGGGUACCAGGAAACAGAUGUGGCUUGAAUGGCAAUGACUGUCGACCAUUCAAUGGGAGCGGCUUUGCAUUUCGAUGCCCAGCAAACUGCGCAAGCACAUGGAUUCUCGAACCUCGAGCUGUUGGAGCCCAAGCGGUUAACUACCGGGCCUUUGUUAUUGGAGGACCUUCGAAGGAUGACUCGACACCAAUCUAUCGAAGCGAUUCUUUCAUCUGCGGGGCUUCUAUCCAUGCUGGAAUUAUCAGCAACACAAAGGGUGGAUGUGGGGUUGUGUCUUUGGUGGGUUCGCAUACCAACUACGAGAGUUCUGAUCGGCAUGGCAUUAAGAGUAUCGAAUUCGAUUCGAAUUUUCCCUCGUCAUAUACGUUCCAUUCCGGAACGACAUGCGAGGCAAAAGAUGCAAGAUGGGAGUUGCUCUUUGUAUCGUUGAGCUUUACUGUCGUCUUGUCUCUGUUCACGACAUCUCCUAGCCUGUUCUUUUUCACCAUGUUCACUGGAGUGUUCUUCCAUGUAGGGCUUGCAUCAGAUCCACCUGGACACUCAAGCAUUGCUGGGCUGAUGUCAAAUCUACUCGGCAAGUUUCUACCUGCUGCAUUCUGUGCUUUUGUUAUCUACCGAUACAUGGGGGUCCGAAGAGCAUUAACGGGACUUACUGCCCAGAUUGAGAAGACCAUUCUGUGGCUUGGUGGGCUUUGGGUCGGAGCCCUUUCGAAUUACACGCUCGACUGGAUCCCAAUCCAGCGAUUGAAUGCCCAUGAUCUCAAUCAGCAACCUGGUGCAAAGUUUGCGCUUACCAUUAUCAUUAUCCUCCUGGCCACCAUUGUUUUCACACAAAUCUUCUUCUUCCAACGAGAAGGACGAUUAAUCAAGUAUCUUGGACUCUAUGGAACAUUCAUAGGAGCAAUUCUAGUGUCCCUACUCCUCCCAGGUCUCAGCUUACGAAUUCACCAUUAUAUUCUCGCAUUGCUGUUCCUUCCUGGUACUAGCAUGCAAACUCGUCCGUGUCUCCUUUACCAAGGAAUUUUAGUUGGCUUAUUCAUCAAUGGUAUCGCCAGAUGGGGAUUUGAUCCCGUACUCCAGACGCCAGCAGCGCUUCAAGGAGACGCGCAACACAAUUCCAAGCUCCCAAUCAUCGGCAAGCCUUCGAUCACCCUGGCUCAAAAUAUAUCUACCAUAUCAUUUUCCUGGCUCGCUCCGCCUGAACCUUUCGAUGGAAUUAGUGUCCUAGUGAACGAUGUUGAACGCUUCAGAGGGUACACAGACGAAGGGUUUGCCAGCGAUAAAAGUUUUGUGUGGACAAAAGACCCUGCGAUUGCUGAGCCUGAAUACUUCCGUUUUGCAUACAUGUCAGGACCCACGAGUUGGGACUACACGCAAGCUGGGACAUGGCAUGCGGAUGGAUCUUGGACUGAGAUGGAACCGGGUGCUAGUAGGAUAUCGAGUCGAUCUUUGAAUGGCGAGGUGUUUACGAGAUGAUGUAGUUAUGUAUAUAGUGAACUUAAUGACCUUC